CCCGCCUGUCCGUCCGUCCGUCCUCAGCGGUCAUGGAGUGAGCGAGGCGUCGGGGGCUUUCCCGCCUGGGAGCUGAGAAACAGGUUCAGAGGGGAAAACAACACCAGUAUGGAAUAGUGUUUGUAGAGCAUCCACAAACAGAAGGAAAGAGAAGACCUGCCAUUUAAAGAAAAAAGAAGUGCUGCAUAUACAAAUCCUCCAUCAGCAGGAAUGGCAUUAACAAAGGAUUCAUUUGAACGGAUUAAAUGGCUUAUCACAGCUGCCUGGUGGCUGCUGAUUGUUUUUUCAACUCAAGGAAUUGAUGGGGGAGGAUAUGCAUAUAUUGAUCCAUGUGGGGGACAGGAUUGUUCAGUCUGUCGCUGCUUUCCAGAAAAAGGAUCAAGGGGUCAGCCUGGUGAGCUGGGAGCUCAAGGUCCGAUUGGGUCCUUGGGAUCUACAGGACCAGCUGGUCUGCCAGGGGAGAAAGGACAGAGAGGUGAGAAUGGGAAGCCUGGGCCAGCUGGAGAAAAAGGUGAUAAGGGCCCAACUGGAGUUCCAGGAUUUCCUGGUUUAGAUGGUGUUCCUGGCCUCCCAGGAAGGGAAGGACCCAGAGGCAAGCAUGGUUUGGAUGGCUGCAAUGGCUCGAGGGGAGACCCAGGAUUUCCAGGAGAAAACGGUUAUAUGGGACCAAGAGGUCCUUAUGGAAUUCCAGGGCAAAAAGGAGAAAAAGGAAAUUCAGUGUAUAUUUUACAUUUUGGAAAAGGACUUCCAGGAGAGAGAGGUGAUCCUGGACCCCCUGGCAUGCCUGGACCUAGGGGGUCAAGAGGUACAACAGGCCCAUCUGGAUACCCAGGCCAUCCAGGCUUGCCUGGUGUUCCAGGUUACCCUGGUUUGCCAGGUGAACAGGGAAAUCCAGGGAUUGGAGUGGAUGGACAAAAGGGGGAGCCGGGUGACAUUGGACUGCCUGGGCCACCUGGGUCACCGCUGUUAGUUGGACCUCCUGGAGCUCAGCUGUUCAAAGGACAAAAGGGCCAAAAAGGAUUACCUGGGGUAACAGGAUACAGAGGGCCACGUGGACCCAAAGGUGUACUUGGGAGAGGAGAAAAGGGUGAAAAAGGCCUCCCUGGAUUCCCUGGCUUACAGGGUCAUCCUGGUUCUUACGGACCUGCAGGCUUUCCUGGAAUGAAGGGUGAAACAGGAUUUGCUGGUUUUCCUGGACAACCUGGCUAUCCAGGCAUACAGGGGGAUCCAGGAGAAAAAGGGCCCCCAGGUCCUCCUGGAGCUGUUGGAACUCCACCACUUCCUAUAAAAGGUCCACGAGGAGAUCCUGGAUUUCCAGGUCCUGUUGGUGAAAUGGGGUCAGUUGGACCAAUUGGUCCUUCAGGCCUUCUAGGAAGACCAGGAUAUGAUGGAACAAGUCUUCCUGGCCUACCAGGAGUAAGUGGGGCACCAGGACCUCAAGGUUUUCAAGGGGACCCUGGUUUGCCUGGAACAGGUGAAUUAAUCCCAGGAAGACCGGGAUUUCCUGGACCACCAGGCCUACCAGGGCAGCCAGGAAGACAAGGCUUACCUGGACUACCCAGUGUAAUCUGUACUGACAGAGGGAUCCCUGGAGAACCUGGACCAAAAGGUCAGAUUGGCCUUCCAGGAAGAAAAGGGGCAAAAGGAGAGAAGGGAAGUCAAGGCCUCUGCUCAUGUAGUGCUGGUCCUCCUGGUCCCCGUGGUGUGCAAGGACCUCCAGGUACUCCAGGAAGGAAAGGACAAAUGGGAUACCCUGGAAGACACGGAGAAAAGGGCGACCCAGGCUUAUCUGGUGCGCUGGGAUCACCAGGACUCCCUGGGACUCCUGGUUCUGCUGGACAGCAUGGGGAAAAAGGAGAGAAGGGUGAGCCAGGAAGAGUUAGAAUAAAAGGAUUAAAAGGUGAAAGAGGACCUACUGGACUUCCAGGAUUUCCAGGCCAAAGAGGUCCAGAUGGCAGAGAUGGGGAACUAGGAUUGCCAGGGGAAAAAGGAGCUGAGGGCGAUUCUGGAGUAGCAAUUCCGGGUGAUAAAGGAUUCCCUGGGCUCCCAGGACCUCCUGGGGUAAAAGGCCAGAUGGGAUUGCCUGGUUUGGGGCUUCCUGGCUCUCCAGGAGCCAGAGGUAGCCCUGGAGACUUUGGUGAUAUGGGUAAUAUUGGGCCACCUGGUCCAAAAGGCCAGAAAGGUGAAACUGUCUGCAUUACAUCACCAUAUCCUGGAAACCCAGGUCCCCCGGGUUUUAAAGGUGUUCAAGGACAAAAGGGUUUAAAAGGACUCCCUGGGUAUCCUGGACCAAAUGGCUUUGAUGGGCAAAAAGGCCAUCGAGGAAGGCCAGGAGCAGGAAUCCCUGGGCCAGAAGGCUUCCGAGGCACAGCUGGUGAUCCUGGUGAUGAAGGUGAAAGAGGAACUACAAUUGAUGGCAAAAACGGCCUUCCAGGUCCACGUGGCACAGAUGGCCAGAAAGGUCUUCCAGGUGACACCACAUAUGGCCCUCCAGGAAUCCCAGGCAACAGGGGACUGCCAGGACCCCCUGGCGCACAGGGAGCAAGGGGUAAUCCAGGCAUUCCUGGACUUCAAGGACAACCUGGUACCCCAGGAUUUCCAGGUGCCAAAGGUUUUAGAGGCCCAGAAGGUGAUGUAGGAGCACCAGGCUGUCCAGGCUUCCCUGGCUCACCAUGUGUCCCAGGCUUACCAGGACCACCCGGACUCAGAGGUGUCAUGGGCCUGCCAGGACCUCAAGGCUUACCAGGCUUUAAAGGUCAGAGGGGAGACAGGGGCCUGGCUGGGCCCCCUGGAAUGAAAGGUCUGAAAGGCUCUCCGGGCUCACAAGGUCUCCCAGGUCCUCCAGGCUCACGAGGUCCCCCAGGACUUCCAGGAAAUAAAGGACCCAUUGGCUUCCCAGGAGAAACAGGAAGCAAAGGCAUUCAAGGACCCCAGGGAUUCCCAGGACUCCCAGGAAUACAAGGCCCAAUGGGAAUCUUUGGUGUAAAAGGAGAAGAAGGAAAAAUGGGUCUACCUGGGCCUAGUGGAGAAUGUGGAGAUAUGGGAAUAAAAGGUGAAAGGGGGCCUCCAGGAGACAGCGGCUGCGUUAACCUCCGUCUUGAGAAGGGACAAAGGGGGGACCCAGGCCUUCCUGGGGAGCAUGGACUGAGAGGUGAAAGAGGUGAAAAAGGCAAUACUGGUUUCAGAGGCACACGAGGAUUUCCAGGAAAGGAUGGUGUUCCAGGACUACCAGGUGACCAAGGUGACACUGGAGUGAUGGGGUUUCCAGGAUCACGGGGUUUGCCUGGACCAAAGGGCCUUCAAGGAAUUACAGGUUUUCAAGGAGAACCAGGUGACCAGGGUGAUCUUGGCUUACCGGGAAACCCUGGAUAUCCAGGACUGACUGGCUCCAAAGGAUGUAAAGGCAAGAGAGGUGACCCAACUCCUCUGCUUGGUACACACGGUCAGAAAGGACCUCUGGGAGAUCCAGGAUUGCCAGGACUUCGUGGAUUUCCAGGGCAGAAGGGUUUACCAGGUAUCCAAGGACAGCCUGGAAGACCAGGCUCCAAGGGUGAUCGUGGAUAUCCAGGGCCACCUGGAUUACCAGGAGCUACAGGUCCUCAAGGAUUGCCAGGAGAACCUGGAGAAGAAGGGAAACCUGGAAUUCUGGGACCUCCAGGAUUGCAAGGAUUACCUGGAUCCCAAGGCAGAAAAGGUCUUCCUGGGCUGCCUGGACUGGAUGGCUUGGAUGGACUAAAAGGUCAAAAGGGUUCUGCAGGAGCUCCAGGUCAGAGUGAGACAGGGCCCCCAGGAUACUCAGGAGAAAUUGGACCAAAAGGAGACAGAGGUGAACCUGGAUGGCCUGGUAUUUCUAUUCCGGGCCCCCCUGGAGAAAGGGGAUUCCCAGGAUUUCCAGGUAGAAGAGGACCUGUUGGACCCACUGGACCUAUGGGAAGAUCUCCUGAUAGUGCCUCCCCUGGUCCUCCAGGUGAUCAAGGAUUACCUGGUUUAGAUGGCAUCAGAGGUGAUCCUGGGAAUCCUGGUCCUCCUGGAGAGACUAUCUUUGUGCGAGGAGAUCCAGGUGACAGUGGCAUUCGAGGGCCACCAGGUAAUCCUGGGCCACGAGGACAGCAGGGAGCCAGAGGCCCUCCUGGGAGCCAGGGAAGAGAAGGCCCAAAGGGUCCUAUGGGGGUCCAUGGCCCACAGGGUCCACCUGGUGCUUUAGGACAACCAGGAGACCAAGGUUUUCCAGGAAGGCCUGGUCCCAGAGGUCCCACAGGUUUCAUAGGUGACCCUGGUGAACCAGGGGAAGUGGAUGAUUCGUGCCCUACAAUCCCAGGGCCUCCUGGGGAAGCAGGGCAAAGAGGAGAGGAUGGCUCUGCAGGACUACCAGGGCCAAUAGGCCACCCUGGACCCCAAGGCAUAAAAGGUGAAGAAGGAUCAUAUGGCCUGCCAGGUCAAGAUGGGUUACCUGGGGCACCUGGACCACCAGGUGACCAAGGAAGCCGAGGAGAGCAAGGAUAUGCUGGGCCACAAGGUCCACCUGGCCAGACUGGUGUCCCAGGACAACCAGGUCCCCAAAUUAGAUCUGCAAGUGGAUUCUUGCUUGUCCUUCACAGUCAGUCAGACAGAGAACCACUCUGCCCACAGGGGAUGCCGAAGUUAUGGACUGGCUAUAGUCUGCUGUACUUGGAAGGACAAGAGAAAGCCCAUAAUCAAGAUCUUGGUCUGGCAGGGUCCUGCCUGCCCGUGUUUAGCACCAUGCCGUUUGCCUACUGCAACAUCAACCAGGUGUGUUACUAUGCCAGCCGCAACGACAAGUCCUACUGGCUGUCCAGCGCCGCGCCGCUGCCCACGGCGCCGCUGUCCGAGGACGAGAUCCAGCCCUACAUCAGCAGGUGCGCCGUGUGCGAGGCCCCCGCGCAGGCCGUGGCCCUGCACAGCCAGGACCAGUCCAUUCCCCCCUGCCCGCCCAACUGGAGGAGCCUUUGGAUAGGAUACUCGUUUUUGAUGCACACUGGAUCUGGUGACCAGGGUGGUGGACAGUCCCUUAUGUCACCCGGAAGCUGCCUGGAAGACUUCAGAUCAGCACCAUUCAUCGAGUGCCAGGGCCAGCGGGGAACGUGUCAGUUCUUUGCUAAUGAAUACAGCUUCUGGCUGACCACCGUGAUGCCUGAGCUGCAGUUUGCAUCAGCCCCCGUGUCAGGAACUCUUAAAGAAGGACAAGAGCAGAGGAAAAAGAUCAGUAGAUGCCAGGUAUGCCUGAAGCAUGGCUAGGAAGCAAACCAAAAGCAGGCAGCUACAGAGAGGCUUGUGGGAGGAUGAGCAAAGUGCUAAAGGU